AUGGGAGAGACAAGCUUCGGCACGAAUGAGUCGGCUCGACCGGAAUGCUACCACGGACUUAUAGAAAACCAGCGUGAAACAACCACAGCGUUGUAUUUCGCCGUGAUAAACUUUAUGAAAUACGAAAAGCCUCCCGUUUCGCUGGACCACUUGAAACACUCGGAGGUUUACAAAUUAGUCCACGACAUGGAUCAGACACCGCUAAAGAGGGUUGAGAUGAGAACGCCUGUCAUUUGUGAAGCUGAUUACAGAGAGAUAGCUACAAUGUUCCUGAGUGCUAUAGGCUAUAAAACAUCACGCUACGAUCAAAUGGAGCUGAGCAGCGGGAAACCGACGCUGUGGUUGUUUCACGCCGGAUUUCUGUGA